AUGUUAGCAUUCUUUCAGCGAAUUUUGGAUUGGAUAAGAAGCCUUUUUUGGAAAGAGGAGAUGGAGUUGACAUUGGUCGGCCUCCAGUAUUCCGGAAAAACCACCUUUGUCAACGUUAUUGCGUCCGGACAAUUCGUCGAAGACAUGAUUCCUACUGUCGGGUUCAACCUUCGGAAAGUAACGAAGGGAAACGUUACAAUAAAGAUGUGGGAUAUUGGGGGCCAACCACGGUUUCGCAGUAUGUGGGAGCGUUAUUGUCGAGGAGUAAAUGCCAUCAUGUAUGCCAUCAUGUCCCUAACUUCAGUGGCUUUGUUUCUUAGUUAUAUGGUGGAUGCAGCUGACCAUGACAAACUCGAAGCUUCUCGAAACGAGCUACACAGUCUACUAGAUAAACCUCAGCUGUUGGGAAUACCGGUUCUGGUACUCGGAAACAAGAAGGAUCUUCCCAACGCACUCGCUGAGCAUGAGUUGAUUUCCGCCUUGAAUCUUGGAGCAAUUACAGAUAGGGAAGUUUGUUGUUACUCGAUUUCCUGUAAGGAGCAGGAAAACAUUGGUAUCGGAUUUUCAUGGCGCCUUUCAGAAUUGAAUACCGAUUCAGAUUCAAAUACACCGGACAAAGUAAACCACCUUAUCUGCAAGCCAGCACUUUAUCAAUACCUGUCGCCCAAUCGAUCGGACGUCAGCUUGUAUCGUUGUAUUGAAUCAUCACAACUCGAAUGUUUGGAAGCUUUUAAGACACGUGAAAUCACCCAGUCAGUCUCCUCACUACGAUAUCAGUAA